AAGCUCCGUGAUAUCAUAGAAAAUGAUCUCCAAUUGCAAUCAAACAUCGAGAACGCUCACAGGAUCGGGCCCUUCAAGGAUGAUGGCACUCCCAGACCAAUUUUGGCUAAGUUUUUGUAUCGUCCGGAACGGUUUAGAGUCAUUAAAAAGAAGAGGGAUCUACGUGAUGGUGUGCGCGUUUCGGAUGAUUUGAUAUGGGAAGACCGUCAAAAGAAGAAACAAUUGAGAUCUGUUAUGAAAGAAGCAUUUGAAGCUGGGAAAAGACCUAGAUUUCAUCAUGGCAAGCUUUAUAUCGACGGUGAGCUACAUCAGGCUUGAGAUGUUUGAACAGUAUACACUUUUGUUUAUGUGUAAGUCCCAUCUUAAAUGUCUACAUAGCUUUAUAAUUAUCAUUUAUCUUGAUUUGUUUACUUUUAAAUUUCGUCAAGCUAAAACUUUAUGCAAAUGACCCAAGAGUCCUCUGACCCUGAUUUAAAUUUACAAUUGCUAAAUGAUCAUGGGAUUUACACAGUUGAAGAAAUUAACGAGUUGUCUCGUACUGUCAAACCUCAAUACUCUGUUAUUCACUUAAAUACAAGAAGUUUAAAACAACAUUUCGAACAAAUGUGCAAUCUUCUGGAUUCGAUUUCAUGUAAGUUUGAUUUUAUCGGUUGCUCCGAGACAUUGUUCACCUCUGAAACUGAAAUCCCAGGUUACACUUUACUCAAUGAAAAUCGCAUCUUUUCGACAGGUGGCGGUGUUGCUUUGUAUGUCAGAUCAGGCUAUUCUUUCUCAAUUAGAAAUGACCUCAAAAUAGACUCAAUUGAAAACCUAUGGAUAGAAACUAAUGAUAUGAUUGUGGGUGUCAUUUAUAAACCCCCAAAUUUUUCAAACCCAGAAUUUUUAGACAAACUCGAAAGAACUCUACAUAAUGUUUUUCUCUCUAAGAAAAAAUGCAUUUUAAUGGGGGAUACUAAUAAUAUAUAGAUUUAGCCAGGGCUAAAAGCGAAGCUCUCUUUAAUAUUUAUUCAUUCCUCAAAGAAAAUAUAAAAUCGAUGAAUACUAAAGACAAUUUGAAAGCAACGAAAACGCUAAAAACAACAACAAUAGAUCUAAUUAGCAAAAAAACAACUUUGCACGUGCAGCACACUUUUUUUCUAAUUAGCAAAAAAACAACUCUGCACGUGCAGCAGUUUUUUUUUGGUACAUUUCCUUACCGUUGUUUUACACGACUAACGUGAAACUUCUUUUAGCUUCCUAUUUACGCGUUUUAUGGAGAAAAUGUUUGUGUUCCUGUUCAUUCUAUUUUUUCACUGCCGCUGCUUUUUCACAUUAGUAACCGCUAGCAUUCUUCAUUUUCUAACCGCCGCUAUAUAAUUUUCAUGUUUUUCUUCCAGCGGCAUUAGUCUCCGUUGUUAUUUAUUUCACGGUCCUGACAAGUGUGACACUUGACAUCGGCUUACAUGAAGUGGGUGGACGGGUGGGCGGGCGGGCGGGCGGGCGGGCGGGCGGGCGUACGCUACGUCAUAACCAAAUUUUAUCGGAUGGAUAGUUUACCAGAUUUUAUUACCCAUGGUGCUCCGCUGGCGCGCUUCGCGCGCGAGAGCUCCGCUAUAAAUACUCUUACAAAAACAAGUGUCUCUAAGGAAUAUAUUAAUUUAAUACAAUCAGAAGGAUUCAGUCAGCUGAUCUUUGAAGCAACACGUAUUACAGAAAAUUCACAAAGCUGCAUUGAUCAUAUCUUAACAAAUAUUUCGACUUCCUGCUCAAGUGGCAGCCUCGCAGUUGAGAUUGCGGAUCAUCUACCGGUCUUUACUAUUUUGUAUGACCCGAAAUUUAGUCCUUUUCCUGAUUAUUUCGAAUUCAGAGACUUUCGGAGUUUUGAAGAUGAAAAUUUCAAAUUAGAUCUACGAAGAGAGAGCUGGGAUUCUAUUUACAAAUGCAAUGAGGUAAAUGAAAGUUAUACCAGGUUCCUCCAUAUUUUCAAUAAAGUAAGUAAUAUACAUGCACCAAUUAAGAAAGCCAAGAUUAAACACAAAGCAUAUAAACCGUGGAUUACUUCUGGUUUAAAGAAAUCUAUGAAAGUUAGAGAUAAAUUAUACAACAAAUGGCUUAUUACUCGAAAUUAUGUUUUCCUAAACAAAUAUAAACUAUAUCGCAAUAAAAUUGCUACCAUUAAUAAGAUAUAUCGUGACUGCUUUUAUAAUGACAUAUUAAUCAAAUCAGAUAACACGAAAAAGAUGUGGGAUAACAUCAAUUUAUUGAUAAAUAAGAAGCGGCCAAGUUCUCACAUAGAAAAACUACAAGUGGAUAAUAAACAAUAUGAACAACCUUUAACUAUCUCCAACUGCCUUAACGAUUUUUUUUGUAAUGUCCCUUCUACACUAGCAGCACAACUGCCUAAAUCUCAUAAGAGUGCAACCUCUUAUCUUUCUCAGAAACGAAAACAAUUUCGCUUUGCACAAGUCUCUGAAAUAGAGGUAUUCUUAUUACUAGAAAGUCUUGACACAAACAAGUCGUU